AAACGUCUUGGAUAGAUCUUUUCCGUUUGGAAGUUUGCCUUCGUUGAGGUACUCACACCCCGAAACGUUUUGAGUUGAUCGAAAAUCGCCUAGAAGAAAGACCACUUUUGUUAAGCCUGAGUCUAAAAUGGCCGUGGCCCGUGGCUUGUGCUUCUGUUAAGCUUAAAACUCAAGCUUAUAUUCCAGCCAUUUUGUCACUUAAAUGUCUUAAGUUUUCUCUCGACUGUAUAUGGAUUCAUGUCACACUUGGUACGUAGAAAACAAAUGCCAUAUUAAGUAAGCAGACAGUUUAUAAAUUUCGCUUAGCUCCUCACAUUUUUGUCAAUGCUCAAUGUCUAAAGUGCGUUCUUAUAUGUUUUUUUUUAUUUUUAGUGUACUUGUGUUGACACGUCACAUGUAGCCGUCGCACCAGCAGAACUUGUGGGCACACAUUUAGAUCAAGGAGAAUCUGAGGUGCGUAUGGAACAACAUCUUAUAAAUAUCAUGCAUGUGCACAUAUGCACCACUGUAGUUUUUUCAGUGCACGUUGUGAUCCAUAAUAUUCGUUUAUCUGCAGCAAGGGCAGUCAGCAAUGUCACAAGAGGUAUUGAACAGUCACCAACCCAGAAUUACAUGCCUUCCAAAUCCUGGGGAUUACAGACUUCUAAACUUUAUUGGUAAGAAGGAAUUAUUACAAAACGUAAUUAAUAACAAUUAUAAUAAUCAUAAUCAUAAUCAUAACUGUAACAAAAUUCUCAAAUCUUAUUUGCUAUCACCUGCCCUGAUUUCAACCUUAAGAGGACAGUUUAAUAGGACAGUACGCAUCUCAUGCAUGCUCUUAAAUGGCUUUUUUUUCACUGCUGGCAAGAAAAAUUUUGGAAUUUCUUGUAUUUAGAUUAAAAAAGAGCCUUAUAUAUCACAAAUUUAGUUAAAGGUAUGAUUAAUUGGUAACAGAACUUCGUGUCAUCCAAUUCAGUCUGUAAUCAUACUUGUUCAAUUAAACAAAUCGGACUCCUGCUAUGCGCUACGCUACUGCAACAGACCGACUCCACUCAGUCCUGUUACCAUUACUAAUAGUAAUAAUAAUAAUAAUAAUAAUAAUAAUAAUAAGUAAUGGUAACAGGACUGAGUGGAGUCCAAUUCGGUCUGUAAUCAUACGAGUGAUUAACAAAUACGCGGUCGUCCGAUUUGUUUAAUCACGAGUAUGAUUACAGACCGAAUUGGACUCCACUCAGUCCUGUUACCAAUUAAUCAUAACUUUAACAAAAUUUGUGAUAUAAUAGGCUAUUUUUAAAUCAAAACACAAGAAAUUCGAAAUUUUGUUUUGCUAGCAGUGAAAAAAAAAGCCAUUUAAGCGCGCGCGUGAUGGCGCGUACUGUCCAAUUACUUAGGCAUGACGUGUACUGUCCUAUCAAACUGUCCAAUUAAGUCUGAAAUCAGGGCAGUUGAUAGCCAAUCAGAUUUGAGAAUUUUGUUAUAGUUAUGAUUAUAAUAAUAAUAUGUGGAACCUCUCCUUUGGGACACUUCUAUUCAAGGGAAACCUUCAUUCAGGGGACACAAAAUUUGGAGGUCCCAGAAAAAAUGUUCACAUAAUCUUUGUACAUGUAUUUGUGACCUCUGUUGAAGGGACACCUCUCUUCAGGGGAAAGGACACUUUAGCUGGGUCCCGAAACCUACCUCAUUUAGGGGACACCUCUAUUUAAGGGACACUUGCCUUGGUCCUGAGGGUGUCCCCUGAAUAGAGUUUCCACUGUAUGCGCACAGUGUGCAAAAAUAUACAACCUGCUCGAUCAAAUUUCGAAAAGAAGAAGAAGACGAAGAAGAAGAUGAUGUUGAUAAUUAGGAUGGUGAUGAUCUGUGUCACACAGAAAUCUGUUGUCAAUCAUUAUUACCUUUAUUUAUUUUUCAGGUCCUGGUUUUGGGGGCCUUUCUAAAGUGUUUGUAGCUCGUCACUCUCCUUCAAAAACAUUAGUGGUUGUCAAGCAGACAAAUGUUGACGUUAAAAAUGCUGAGCAACUGGAAGAGUUAAAGGUUUGAGGCUAUUUAAUGAAAUCCCUUGUCUUAUAACUGCAUAACUACAUUGUCAAUAUUUAACAAUUAUUCCAUGAGUGUGCAUUGGAUAUGAGAUGGUAGAUCCCGUAUCGCUGAGUUGGCUAUAAUCAUCUCGUAUCCAACAAGAGCAAGUCGAAUAAUUGUUUUAUUGAAAACGCCCACAAAAUAUUGAGAAUUCUUCCCAACUUUAUUUGCAAAAACAACCGAUUUUCUGCUUGUUUUUAAUUUUGAGCUGGUGCGUACAGUUAUCAUAUUUGGAGAGCAUGGUAUAAUGGCUCAUGUACCAUGAGGGCUAAGCCAGUCAGAGCUCUAGAAUUGCAUUAUCCAAUUAUUCAGUUUUUAAUGAUACAGUAGUACAUGUAGGCUAACUCUCCUGAGUUAUCUAGGAGUCUCCCGCAUAAAGCACCAAUCUCCUGCUCUCCAGUAAGGGUCACCAAAUCUCCCGGACAAAAUCGACUUUUGAGUAUUUCUGUGCUUAAGUUUGAAAUUUAGCCCAUUUCCCCCAUAUCUUGGGGGUAUUUUUGCACGUAUUUAGUCAUGGACAAAGACUAUUUCGUCAUUACAAUGAUGAAUACAAAUUUUGAUAGUAUGUACUUCAUGUAAAACUUCAUAUCAUGUCCUAAGCCAUUCCCUAGACUGUCUUAAUUUGGGGUCUGGGUUGAUUUGUGGGGUAGGGUUGGGGGGGUUGGGGUGGGGGUUUCUUGACAUUCAGGAGGGGGGGGGGUAGUGCAAGAGAUAGUGUCUCCAGAUUUUAGAUCUCCAGUGGUUGGCAUAAUACCCCCCCCCUUCCUUGACCUCUAAAAUUAGAUACACGUAAAUGCUGUGGGUGUGCCUAUUAUAAUUAGCAAGCUGAAUCCUACUACACUUCACCUUGUUUAAUGCUUUUUCAAUUGCAGUAUGAAGUCCAAGUGUUACGAUCUCUCAGCCACCCAAAUAUUCUGCCAUUUUACUGCUCAUUUGUUACCCAGCAGGAGGUCUGGCAUGUUCUUCCACUCAUGCAGUUUGGUAUGUGCUUACCCUAUGAUUAUACAUGUACUUUUUCAGACCCAUUCAAGACUGUGCCUCAAGGAAAAUUGAAGGGUCCCCCCAGGCUCUGAGCCUGUCUUGAUCCAGGUUGACAUUUAUGGAAAAGCUAAGAUUUCCUAGUCACCUGAGAGCAAAUGUAGAGUGCUGAGGGCCACCAUGCUUUGCUAGAGCACAGCCCUGCCAUUUUGCUAACAGAGUCAGUUAUGUGCUGGCCUCCCUUGCCGAUGAUCUCAGGGUUUUGUCACGUGUUCCUUCCCCACAAGACAAGCCAGUACAUUUCUGUGGGAUGAUAGUUCUGAGCACAUGUCCAUAAUUGAUUGGACACACAUUCCAAAAAAUAUGGACACGAAAAAUGAAGAGCUAACGUUUGAGUCUGUGGGUAAAAUCAUGCAAAGUGAUCAUUAAAAUGAAACUGCUCAGUGUUUGUAAAAGUGCAAUACAACAGGUUAAAAUAAACAUUGAUGGAGGGGCUAUACAAAUGUUGCUGGGGAGGUGGGUGAGUAGUGGUUGGGGGGAAGGGAGGUCUAAAGGGACCCCUACUCAAUUUGUGGAACCUUGGAUCCUGUCUUAAUCAUUUAACAUAAAUUUUCCUCUGCUAAGUUUUGCUUACUAGUGUUCUAUGCAGAAUGAUGUAUUACCACUCAAUAAAUGCAAAGAUUUUGUCGUUGAUUUUUACAUAGGGUCCUGUGCUGAUAUGCUAAAAAGCUGCUAUCCAGAUGGAAUGACUGAAAUUCUUGUUGCAGCAAUUCUUUGGGAGCUGCUACAAGGUCUGGAAUACCUUCACAAGAUGGGAAUAAUUCACAGGUAGAUCAGCUUGCAUAUUCUCCACACUGUACUCUAUACAUUUCUUGUGGCACUCAUAAGGAGAGCUUGAUUAACAAUCAAUCGAUACUGUGCAACCCGCUUAAUAUGAACACUGAUGGGGCUUGCCAUAGUGUCCGAAUUAUGAGCUGGGUGUCCGUAUUAAGCAGUUUAAUUUUAGAGAAAAAUAUGACCUUUUUUUCUUUGGGGCAAACAAAACUGCCUGUUAUAUACGUACGGGUGUCCGUAUAAGUGGGUGUCCAUAGAGUGGGGUUCCACUAUACCUUUUCUACUUGGUGAUCAUUUGCUGUAUUCUCAUGACCUUUAUGUUUAAUUGAGUAGUGUAAUGAUAAGGAGAAUUUAAAUGUUGGUCACUCUUAAGGGUUAAAGAGUAAAGUAGCCCGUGACUACUGCCACCUCUCCUCACUUCCAGAUGCUAGGGGUGUGUCUUACAUUUUAUGGGAGGCAGUGUGGUUGAGUUGCCAGCUUGUCAGACUCACAAUCCGGUGAUCCUGAGUUCGAGUCCCACUCUGGCCACUUGCUACAUUUGCUUUCAGUCACCUUGGCGUGCAAAGAAAGUAGUGUCCAAUAGCUUGGGGCUUGUGGAUUUUGCUAUCAGGCUAGGAAAUUCAAAUUACAGAAGAAUUGUAAUCAAUCCUGCUAAUCCAAAAGAAUUUUGGGGCUAGUUGAAAUGACUUGUGAGCUAGUACGUGCUAGCGACAGCUUGCCCGAAUGGCGGGCUUUAAAACUGACUUUCUUUGCACCUUGCACCUGAGAGUAGCCAACUGGUUAUACCCUGCCAGUUACGGUUUUUAAUCCUGAUUUAUUCUGUUUGGAUUACCCCGGUAAUUGUUUCAAUUAUUAUUUGGGUGGAGAUGAGUGCCUGCAAACUAAAUUAGCGGGAUAAGCUAAGUGCACUUUAAGCUUAAAGAAAACCUUUAAACUUUUUUUGUAAAUUUUAGGCUUAAGCCCAAAGGGGGGGGUGCAUAAAAGCCUGCGUUGCAUCCUUCCUACCCACUGUCCAACCACUAAUAAUUAUAGUCUCUACUGGUGGUGUAGAGUCUGUGAUGCAGGAAGGGCUUUUAUUCAAAAGAGGGCUUAAUUCUAGCAUUAACAGGAUGUAAUUUUCUCACAGGGCUGUUAAAGGAAGCCAUAUUUUGGUCGGUUCAGACGGUAUGGUGUGUUUGUCAGGAUUAAGAAAGUCAAUCAUGUUGCCUCAAAAACGUGACAAACCUCAGAUUGCUCAUCAAUUUCCGUCACAUGCUGUUGCUGUGUUGCCAUGGAUGGCGCCGGAGAUUUUACAACAAGUACGUGCUCAGAGAGAGAGUAAGCCCACCUUUAAAACCAUUAAAACCCAUGACGUUGGUGGAAUACACGAGUCACUAGUAUUGCCAUAGUCACUCAGGGGAAAACUGCAUAUUUUUCAAGGUCGGGGAAAGGUUGCGUUGCUUGAAAUUUUGAGUCAGUAGUGUUGCCAUAGUCACGGGAAAGGUAGCCUGUGAGCAUGCUCUCUUCUUGGCGGAGUCGCGAGAGUUCACGCGAAUGUGCAGGCAAAAACCGAUAUCGCACUCAUCACGAUAUCGAUUUUCGCGUGUAAUUUAACGCGGAAUUCCCUUGUCAGGUAAUGAAUUUUCCUAUAAUGUUUUAACUUUUAAAUAUGCAUGUUGUAUAACACGUAGAGAUAGUAUUUUAUUACAUAAAUGACUUUUAAAUAGGCAUGUUUUUACUGUAUUUUGCAUUUUAUUAUUUUUUUAACUUAAUUAGUUUCUUUUAUUUGUCCCGCGUUGUCACUGAAAAGCCGCACAAGGGGAGUGUCAAUAAACUAUUGUGUUGUAUUGUAUUGUGGCAUCGCGAAAUUUCGGCCUUUUUCUCAGGUUACGCCAGCGCACCCUUUGAGACCGCAGCAAAAUCACCGGUUGUAUUUCCCAUGUGCCUGUAGGAUCUUCAAGGAUAUGAUUUCAAGUCAGAUAUCUACAGUGUCGGCAUAACAGCUAUACAGUUGGGAAGAGGCACUGUGCCAUACGUGGGAAUGCCACCCACCAAGGUAACUCGAUUGGUUUACGGUCAUCUCGCCACCAAGAAGCCGACUCGCCACCAAUGAAUAACUAUGAAAUAGUUGACACAGUUUAAUACCUAGGACCUAAGAUUUGCACUUUUUCGUCCAGUUCAUUCGAAUUUAAAGUCGACCCAAAAACAAAUCUAUCGAUCCUAAUUGACGAUCCUUGCGUCGAACGUCUUAUACUCUUGGUAAUGCAAAUACUAAUAAUACAUUUACAGGUUCUGUGAAUGUAAACUUUGACAUUUGAGAGAAUAAAAAACUGGCAGAAACGUUUCACAACCACCAGUCAUUUCUUUGAAAUAUAAAAAUAACGUAACGGUUGAGAAAUUUCCGUUCGUGAAGGUUUCAAACAAUGUUAAGCUAAGUUCUUUUCUUGCUGGCGAUUUUGUUGGUGGCGAAAUGGUUUGUUGGCGAAAUGACCAGAUACCACUCGGCAGGACCUCUUUCUUAAAUUUUAUUUUUAGGUCAUUAAAUGGAUAGGAGGUAUCAUGCGGUCUAUUAACCCACUUUUAGAUCGGAUGAAGAGGCCCACGCCCCGAAGCAUCCCGUCUCGCUUGUGCGAGAAAAAACCUCUGGUACCCAGACAGAAUAUAGUCAAUCCUGUAUUAGGUGUAUUAAGCGGAAAAAAGUAACCGACUGUUCUGGGCAAAGUAGUCGACGCGUUCCGUCGGUCGUCGGUGCUUAUUGAAACCCCUGCGGUCACUGACUGAAUCUAAACUUUUGACAGGUAUUACUGGAGAAGCUUAGAGGCGACACCCCAAAGCUUUGCGACUCCUUAGUCAUGAAUGAUGUGGAUACAUCAGCUCCUGGUGCCUCAGAUUCCGGAGUGGGUAGCUCCGUCACUUCCCCGGGGGAGGGAAGAAACGGUGGUCAGCCUACUCCUCAGGGGAAAUUCUCCGUGGCGUUCCAACAGGUACGUGAGAGGAUUUCACGAGGGUCUUGUGCUUUUUCAAUUACAUAGUACUUUACAUAUAUCAUCACUCUGAACGGAUACGGUUCUAACUCUAUUCCGAAAAAGACCAUAAGCUUCAUAUCAUAUUUAUCUCAGAAACUGUUUAAAAGAUUGAGCUCUCUACCGGUGGAAGGUAGCAGUCUGCGUUUAAAUUAUCGUUUCUGGGGCCCUACAUCGCGAUUUUCGAGAUACGGCUCAAACCUUUACUAUCAAACAACUGUUGUAACGUAAGGAAGCUCGCGUGAUCCCGUAACUUCCAGGACGCGAGUGUACCUAAAUAUAACUUCGAAAAGAAACUGGCUUCUUGCAGGUAUGGAGAUGUUGUUUGCGUUCCGUAUGCUCAUAUUUUGCUAACAAGAUCCCAUCGUGUUGUAGGUUGUUGACUUAUGUUUGCAGAGGGAUCCUCGCUUAAGGUACAUCGCUAUUUCAUUCCACUUACGUCUGUCCUCAUUUUGCUAAACCCUUUAGCCUCAAAGAAUGAAAUAUUUCUUGAAAUUUUUGGAAAUUCAAGGAAACUAAGAUCUUUUUAAAAAAUCAAAGGGAAAAGUCACAGGUUAAGCUCUUGUUUGUUUUCCGGAAUUUAUUUAGGGCGGACUUAAAGGAUUUUCAAGUCUCCAAGAACUCUUUUUUGUCUCAUCCACUUUCUUAAUCCGAACUAAACUUGCAAACACUCUCAAAACCGCGCGCCAAAACAAAGAAAUUAAGUUUCGCGUGACGUCAUCCAUGUGUCUAUACUCUUAAAGAGCAUGGGUAACGACCAAUCACAGCGCGCCUAUUAUUCACCACAUUGUAUAAAUUCUUAUCGACCAUAGCUGUCGACCAAUCAGCGCGCGAGGAGUUGCUCUGUUAUUGUUAAGUAUAGUUUGGAACAACGGGCAAUAAAAUUUAAACCAAGGAUCAAAUUUAACUGGAACACAUCAAACAACAUUGGAUCAAUUUGGGUGAACAUUUUGGGUCCGUUAGAACAUCGGCUUGUAGCACUAAAGUAAGUGAUGUGUUCACUGUAUUUUCAGACCGACAGCCAGUGGCUUGGCUUCUCAUUUGUUUUUCAAACAGGUAAAGUUGUAAAGUAAUUAAAAAGUAAGCCUUGUACUCAAACCAAAUUUGUACCGUAUUUACUCUACUCAACGCCGCCCUCAAAUAAAGGCCCAUUGCGGGCAGAACUCGGUAAUCUACACUACCCCGACAAUUGCGAGUCUUCCUCAGCCAAAAAAAAGAGAGACUCUAGAACUUUUACAUCUUUCCGUCUUACAUAAUAUUUACAAAUUAUUUAUCGUAAAAAAAAUAACAAAAAAAUAAUAAUAGAGGCCGCGGCAUUUAAUGUGAACUUUGCCCCCUGCUGUUUGUUUUAAGGUAAAGAGGAAAGCAAGAGAGGUUUUAGCCGAACUUAUGUUGGCCGUCCCGUCAUUAGCGAACCGCAGCGAAGAUAAACGAAUCGGUAUGUAUAUGCACCCUUAACACCUAUAUAUCAAAAAGCAGUAUUUUAAUAAUUCAGGAACAGUUCAAUAGGCCAUUAUUGGAAAGAAUCUUUUUAAAGGUGAACUGCAGUGCUUAUCCUUUUAUGGAAAUAAGUUUUUAAUCUUACGCAAAUUUAGUAGUUUAUGUUCAUAUGAGUGGCUGGGCGAACUAGCCUCGCUUACACAAAGAGGCUUAAUUUUGCAUGUUGCUAAUUGAUAACUCCAGACAUGGCAGGCCAGCGGUCUCACAUAGAGAUAAGCGGGGGCACCCUAAUUGCUUCGCAGGGUUUCACUUGUAUUUGCAGCCUUUCCAUGAAAUUUAGGCUGAGUUAAAUUCGAGACAUGGCUGUCCAGCGGUCUCACAUAGAGAUAAGCGGGCAAGCCCCAAAUGCUUCGCAGGGGUUCUUGUGUUUUUACAGCCUUUCCAUGUGGCUAAAUGAUUUUAGGCCAUGUUAAACUCGAGACAUGUCUAGCCAGCGGUUUCACGUAAAGAUAUGCGGGGGCGCCCUAAUUGCUUCGACGGGGUUUCAUGUUGAUUACGUUCGCUUUUCGUUGUCUGUAGUGGCUCGUGCUUUCUAAGUGUCUGUGUGUUCUGCUUCCUACCUAACUUACUUUACCGUAAGACUCCAAUCAUAUAGUUACUGUUAGUAAAGGCUCCCUCUACUAAGCAAUCUGCAAUGCAAAAUUUUCUGUAGAUAAACUAGUAAUCGUUUUAUUGCAGACCAAGACAUUGCCAGCUCAAUAGCAAGUGAAGGGUUAUCAGCCAUGAAUUUAGAUGAGUGGUCAUUCUGAAUUCUGACUGGCUCCACCUGGGACAUUCUUAACCCCAAUUCGAGAGGAAACUGGAAACUGAGUCCCAGAUCACCAUGUUCCGAGUUCACGGUUAUUCCAGGACGAGGGGAACUAGGAACUCAUUACCAGAGCAAACAAUAAUUUUGCCGUUUGAAUCAACAUGCAGUGGUCUGCAAUUUUACUUACCUUGUAAUAAGCUUCACACUUGACGAGAUUGGUCUUUUUACAGAUGGACGUCAAUAAUUAUGAAUGUACAUAUGUAAAAUACCCUUUACCAAACGGGCGUGUUGUUAGCCUUUGGGAAUUCAGGGAAGGGUGUAACAUCUCAAAAGGCUUUAGCACGGUCUGUCCGCAACAGGUUCUGCGCACACGGUGCGGGCUUCAAGUUCAUAAAUGCUGGACAAUUUAACUAAAGUUCAAAAACACAAAUGUACUUUAAAUGUUGUAAAAUAGCCAUGUAUUAUAUUGUAAAGCUUCUUUUGACAAUUCAAUUAUCUCUGCUUAUUAUGUGGAAAAAAUGAGAGGGCUAACACUCCUUGCCGAGAUCCACGUUUGUGAACCGGGCAAAGUACGGGAACCUUUGCGCACCGCUUGCAACGAUAGCCUACGUGUAGCCGCACCCUCCCCCCGACAAAG